AUGUCUAUUGGGGACACUGUUAGUAUCAAUUAUUCAAUUUGCAUCAUCCCAAUUUCAAUCAUACGAUUGUACAAUCCCUUUGAUUACCAGUUGCAAUUGUACAAUCCCUUUGAUUACCAGUUGCAAUUGUACAAUCCCUUUGAUUACCAGUUGCAAUUGUACAAUCCCUUUGAUUACCAGUUGCAAUUGUACAAUCCCUUUGAUUACCAGUUGCAAUUGUACAAUCCCUUUGAUUACCAGUUGCAAUUGUACAAUCCCUUUGAUUACCAGUUGCAAUUGUACAAUCCCUUUGAUUACCAGUUACAAUUGUACAAUCCCUUUGAUUACCAGUUGCAAUUGUACAAUCCCUUUGAUUACCAGUUACAAUUGUACAAUCCCUUUGAUUACCAGUUGCAAUUGUACAAUCCCUUUGAUUACCAGUUGCAAUUGUGA